AAAAAACUCCGAGCCAUACUCACAAACCCUGCCUGUCAGGGGGCCUUAGGUAUUCUUCCCAUUCCCACAAAGUUCCAGCAAAUAUCUCAUCAGCUCUUUCCUGUCACAGGUGAUUUUGCUGUGUGUGAGACAUGCAGGCUCGGCCGGGGGAAAUGCAGGAGGACAUGCAUGGACAGUGAGAAGAUUGCGGGCAAGUGCAAGCUGAACUUCUUCUGCUGUCGGGAGAGGAUAUGAACCCAAGGACCAAUGGCCUCGGGACCUUAGAUGCUGUGCUGAAUAGAUGAAGUGAACAUCCGUGGCUUCAGCAGGCCACAGUCAGCGCCGUUCAGACCCAUUACGCCUCACUCGGUUUCUGUGCUUCAUUCUAAUCUUAAGAUGACCAAAAUCAAAACAGCAAUGAAUGCCUUCUACACAAGUAGACACAACUGUACAUCUCCAGAACACUUAUAACUUAUAAAUGUUCUUUCGAGGAUUUUCUCAUAGGGCUCAGGGUCAACUGAGAGUGUGACUAUCGUUCUUAUUUGUAUUAGAUCCAGCUAUUUGAUUUGUGUUGUUGCCUUUGGUAGAGCAAAGCUGGGAGACAAGGGGCAGUAUGUGCAUCAUUACCUCUUUCUGUGUCUCUCUCUAACAUACUAAUUAUUAUGAGAUUAAUAGACAAAUGAAAGUGUCAUGCUCCUCUAUGUUGACAGCUUUGUAGUUCCACAAAAUACAAGAAAAAUUCACUCACUUGAUUCUUGAUGAGGUAAUGUAUUAUUAUCCACAGAUUAUAACAACUAUGAUGUAUUUUUACAACCCUCAUUUACUCUGUUAAUGUCUGUGCUCCUGAGACUGCAUUGUCCUUGCCUGCAAAAGGAAAUGAUCCGAGAUUAAUUAAAAUGUCUAUUUGCAUACGAUAUCUGCAGAUGAAAAACUGUAACUUUCACCUUGUGAAAUAAAAUCUGUAGCU